CGGUGGCUCGGCCCGGCGGCGGCGGCGGGGCCGGCGGUGCGCUCCGUGCCCGCGGCCGUGCCCGCGCCGGCGGCGGCCCCAGCGAGGGGCUCGGCUCUGCGCUCCGCCGCCGCCGCCGCUGCCGCCGCCGCCGCUGCCUCCAUGGGGCGCCGGCCGCGCCGCCUCUGAUGCCCGGCCCGGCGCGCACCAUGGGGCCGCUGUGGCUCUGCUGCCUGCCGCUCGCCCUGCUGCCGCUGCUCGCCGCCGUGGAGGAGACCUUGAUGGACUCCACAACGGCAACAGCAGAGCUGGGCUGGACGGUACAUCCUCCCUCAGGGUGGGAAGAAGUGAGUGGAUAUGACGAGAACAUGAACACAAUUCGCACCUACCAGGUGUGCAACGUCUUUGAAUCCAGCCAAAACAACUGGCUCCGGACCAAGUACAUCCGGAGGCGGGGUGCCCACCGCAUCCACGUGGAGAUGAAAUUUUCUGUUCGGGACUGCAGCAGUAUCCCUAAUGUUCCAGGCUCGUGUAAGGAGACUUUUAAUCUUUACUACUAUGAGUCAGACUUUGACUCAGCCACCAAGACUUUUCCCAACUGGAUGGAGAACCCUUGGAUGAAGGUAGACACAAUUGCUGCCGAUGAGAGCUUCUCGCAGGUGGACCUAGGUGGCCGGGUGAUGAAGAUUAACACCGAGGUGCGCAGCUUUGGGCCCGUCUCCAAGAAUGGUUUCUACCUGGCCUUCCAGGACUACGGAGGCUGCAUGUCCUUGAUCGCGGUCCGCGUCUUCUACCGCAAGUGUCCCCGCGUGAUCCAGAACGGGGCUGUUUUCCAAGAGACCCUCUCGGGAGCGGAGAGCACCUCGCUGGUGGCAGCGCGGGGGACGUGCAUCGCCAACGCGGAGGAGGUGGACGUGCCCAUCAAGCUGUACUGCAACGGGGAUGGCGAGUGGCUGGUGCCCAUUGGCCGCUGCAUGUGCAGGGCAGGUUAUGAAUCCGUGGAGAACGGGACCGUCUGCAGAGGCUGCCCAUCAGGGACGUUCAAGGCCAGCCAAGGGGACGAAGGAUGCGUUCACUGCCCCAUCAACAGCCGGACGACCUCGGAAGGGGCCACUAACUGCGUGUGCCGGAACGGAUAUUACCGGGCAGAUGCUGAUCCUGUCGACAUGCCGUGCACCACCAUCCCGUCUGCCCCCCAGGCUGUGAUCUCCAGCGUGAACGAAACCUCCCUGAUGCUGGAGUGGACCCCGCCGCGGGACUCCGGGGGCCGGGAGGAUCUGGUGUACAACAUCAUCUGCAAGAGCUGCGGCUCCGGCCGCGGGGCCUGCACGCGCUGCGGGGACAACGUGCAGUUCGCCCCGCGCCAGCUGGGCCUGACGGAGCCGCGCAUCUACAUAAGCGACCUGCUCGCCCACACGCAGUACACCUUCGAGAUCCAGGCUGUCAACGGAGUCACCGACCAGAGCCCCUUCUCCCCGCAGUUCGCCUCUGUUAAUAUCACCACCAACCAAGCUGCUCCUUCUGCUGUGUCCAUCAUGCAUCAGGUCAGCCGCACUGUGGACAGCAUCACCCUCUCGUGGUCUCAGCCCGACCAACCCAACGGCGUCAUCCUGGAUUAUGAGCUGCAAUACUAUGAGAAGGAUCUGAGUGAAUUAAAUUCAACAACAGUGAAGAGCCCCACCAACACUGUGACAGUGCAAAACCUCAGAGCUGGCACCAUCUACGUCUUCCAGGUGCGGGCACGUACCGUCGCUGGUUAUGGCCGGUAUAGCGGCAAGAUGUAUUUCCAGACCAUGACCGAAGCCGAGUACCAGACCAGCGUCCAGGAGAAGCUGCCGCUCAUCAUCGGCUCCUCCGCGGCAGGGCUGGUGUUCCUCAUCGCCGUGGUCGUCAUUGCCAUUGUGUGCAACAGAAGACGGGGCUUUGAGCGUGCUGACUCCGAGUACACCGACAAGCUGCAGCACUAUACCAGUGGCCACAGUACGUACCGCAGCCCCCCGCCACGCCUGGGGGUCCGCUCUCUCUUCGUGACUCCAGGGAUGAAGAUUUAUAUUGACCCCUUCACCUACGAAGAUCCAAAUGAGGCUGUCAGGGAAUUUGCAAAAGAAAUCGAUAUCUCUUGUGUCAAAAUCGAGCAGGUGAUCGGGGCAGGGGAGUUUGGUGAGGUGUGCAGUGGGCACCUUAAGCUCCCUGGCAAGAGGGAGAUUUUUGUGGCCAUCAAGACCCUGAAGUCUGGUUACACGGAGAAGCAGAGACGGGACUUCCUGAGUGAAGCAAGCAUCAUGGGGCAAUUCGACCACCCCAACGUCAUCCACCUGGAGGGAGUGGUGACCAAGAGUUCUCCAGUCAUGAUCAUCACCGAGUUCAUGGAGAACGGCUCACUGGACUCCUUCCUACGGCAAAACGACGGGCAAUUCACCGUGAUCCAGCUGGUGGGCAUGUUGCGGGGCAUCGCGGCAGGCAUGAAGUACCUGGCUGAUAUGAACUACGUGCACCGGGACCUGGCCGCCCGCAACAUCCUGGUGAACAGCAACCUGGUCUGCAAAGUGUCUGACUUCGGCCUCUCCCGUUUUCUGGAGGAUGACACCUCUGAUCCCACCUACACCAGUGCACUGGGUGGGAAGAUCCCGAUACGGUGGACGGCACCUGAGGCAAUUCAGUAUCGAAAAUUCACAUCAGCCAGUGAUGUGUGGAGCUACGGAAUAGUCAUGUGGGAGGUGAUGUCAUAUGGCGAGCGGCCGUACUGGGAUAUGACCAAUCAAGAUGUGAUCAAUGCUAUUGAGCAAGACUAUCGGCUGCCACCCCCUAUGGAUUGUCCAAAUGCCCUGCACCAGCUAAUGCUCGACUGUUGGCAGAAGGACCGAAACCACAGACCCAAGUUUGGGCAAAUUGUCAACACCUUAGAUAAAAUGAUCCGAAACCCCAAUAGCCUGAAAGCCAUGGCACCUCUCUCCUCUGGGAUCAACCUCCCUCUACUUGACCGCACAAUCCCAGAUUAUACCAGCUUCAACACUGUGGAUGAAUGGCUGGAUGCCAUCAAAAUGAGCCAGUACAAGGAGAGCUUUGCCAGUGCUGGCUUCACCACCUUUGAUGUAGUAUCUCAGAUGACUGUAGAGGACAUUCUGCGAGUUGGGGUCACUUUAGCAGGACACCAGAAGAAAAUUCUGAACAGUAUCCAGGUGAUGAGAGCACAGAUGAACCAAAUCCAGUCUGUGGAGGUUUGAUAGCUACACGUCCUCGUACUCCUCUUCCUCGAGGCCCUGCUCCCCUUUGCCCCUGUAUGUCCAAGCUCCAGUUCUUGUGUGUUCUGCAUGGACCAGAGACAGGCAGCUGCUCUGAGGAUCAUGGCAACAGGAAGAAAUGUCCUAUCAUCAAUAGUGAGAAGUCGCCAAGAGCUUCUAGAAUUUAAGCAAUGGAAAAAGGGAACAAAAAGACAAUUAUUUUGAAAAAAAAAACUAUGAAAUAUUUUUAAAUAAUAAUAAAGCAAUUGCAUUCUUGAAAAGGGCUCCAAAAUCAGUGGGAGUCUCCAAAGGAAGAGAAAAGAGCAGCUUCAUCUACUUCCUCUUGCACAAGGCUGCUGCAGCUGGGCCCAGACACCUCUGGAGCAAUGAGACUUUUUCAAGAAGAUGAACACAAAGAAAAGCCGUGAGAAGCACUUCUCUUUCUCAUGUGGGGUGGUGGCUCUGGGAAUGUCCCACGGCCAGCCGUCUUUCCCGAAAGCCCCAUUAGCAGAUCGAAGAGGGGAGAGAGCUGAAGCUCUUUGGUGCUGUGGAACCAAGUGCAUCUCAGAAAUUGAUGGACUUCUUCAAAAGCUGAAGAUUUUUUUUUUUAAAACAAAUAAACUGAGACUAGAAGAGGCUGUUUCCGACAAAUAAGAAGGAAUCUGUAACACUCGGGGGGGUGGGCAUGGGGAAAACCAAUCCUUUUUACAUCUCUUAUUUUCUCUUGUCAUGGAACAGUUUUGUGAGUGACAGUUUCCUAAGGGUCCGUCCAUCCACCCUCCAAUGGCAUCAUUGUCUCAUACAUAUCAUAUGCACAAGACUUUUAGUGAUGUCCUCACUAGAUGCCAAUGAUCUUUUCCCAGAAGACUUCCCAAGUACAGUAUGUAGUAGUUUUUGAUUACAAAUGCUGACGUGUACCUUUAUUUUUCGGUUGUUGUUGUUUGGAGAUUUGUCCUUUUACCUUGUUUCGUUAACACCAAUUUGUGAGUUUGGGGUUGGAAUUUUUUGGUUGGUUGGGUUUUUUUUUUUUUUUUUUGACGAAAAAGAAAUGACAUUUCCAACCAUCAUAUCAUUCAAGAACUUAAAUCCUUUCCUUGCGGAAGGAGAUAUUGCAGCUUAUUGACAAUAUGCCAGGAGAAAAAUUUUUUAUAUGCACAUUUCCUCCUGUUUGCUUGUUUGUUAUUUUGCAAUUUGUCACGGCCCAACAGAUGUUUCUAACUGUCGGGCUUCCGGUUAUUUGCCAAGAUGAAAUGACCACCUGCUCAAUUCAGGGCUGCUGAUGCAGGGAUGAGCAGCAUCACGGAGGGGUUUUUUUGGUUUUGUUUUUUGCAGGGGGGGAGGGAAAAGCAGGGGAGGGCGGAUGGGUCGCAGGGAGGGAAUGGUGACUCCACGGCUGGCUCUCCGAGCCCCUUGGAGAUGUGUAACCGCUUAGAAAGGUGUCGGAAGAGGACUGGUGCACGUGCUGCAGAAAGGCAGGGUCAGCGCACCGGGCGCAGCCCCGGUCCUCUAAGAGGAGCUUGCGGCGUGUGGUUUCUCCAGUCUGGACCAUGUCCAUGGCCAGGUGGUGGAUGGUUCGCUUCAGUAACCAAACUCUGUGUGGAUGUGCUCUGUGCCCUUCGGACACGCCGUCCCUUCUUUAGAUGAUGCACUGGAGGCUCUGAGGCAGCUUCAGUCUCAGCCGUGACCUCUAAGAGAGUCUGGAACAGCAAAGGCAGAAGCUCUGAUCAAGUAGCGCAGGUCUCUGUCGGCAAAAUGCAGUGAUUGGAGCUGAACAGUCAGUGGAUUUAUAAAUAACUGAAAUAAAUACCCUAGUUACUGAACAGGUCUUUGGUAUGUGUAAAUACCACCAAUAAAGUACAGAGGGAAAACAAAUCAAAAUAAUUGGGCUUGCUCUCCCAGCUGAGCAUCACCUCAUAUCCUUUUGAACAUGCAUACUGUCACCCACCUUUGGCCAUGUGUGGAAUAUUUCCAUGCGUCUCCUGGCCCUGCCGAGCAUGUCUUGCAUUCCCGAGCCCUUGUCUGCCGUUGCCAUGUCGUUCAUGGGUCCUCCGCUCAUUUUCAGCAGCACGGGGUGUUUGGAUGCAUGUUCAUUGGGAGCUGGUUUUACAGGAGCUCAGUCCUGUGGCUGCUGUGGAUGGAAGUCCCAACCUGUCCAGCCCCUGUGGCCACACAAGGUCUCCCUAGACUGUCUGUAAAGUAGAAGGCCCUUUACAAAGUAUUUAGCAUUUUCCACUUUCAGAUCAGAUCCAGUGAUGAAGCACCUAUGAGUGGCAGCAGACCGUUGCCUGCAAGUGUGAGUUGCUUCUCUGCUUAGCUCUUGUACUGUCCAAGUGUUUGAUGCACAGCUUCAGCAGAAGGAGCCUUAAAUGAAGGAAUUUUCUGUCCAGCCACUGUUUGUCAGGAAUUUCUAGAGCUGGAUUGUGUUUUCUUCCAUGUGUAGUACUUCCCUCUUCCUGCAUGGCCCCAAAGUACAUCUGUAGUCAUGUAAACAUCUGCAGCUGGUUUGGGCUGUGGACUCUGGAGCAUAUUCUGCUCUCAGUGACCUCAGUGCCUGUCCUCUGAAGCCAAUGCCUUUGCCCUCGGUCUCAUUCCUGGCAGAAUUUGGUCUAGGGACAAUUAGGGGUGAGUGGACUGUAGGCAUGUUGUUUGUAGGUGAUGCCUGGACGUAUCAGCUGCCUGUCCCACAUCCAGCCCGUACGUCUAGCUAAAGCGUGCUUUUGACCUCCUUGCAUUUAAAAAGCCCUGCUCUUCAUCAGGGAACGGACUCAGUUUUAAGGAGCAGCAUGUGAAAACUGACGGUGUCAACUUAAACCGCAGCAAGAGCUUGCGGAGGGCGUGCAGAGAAACAGGCGGCUUCUCCGUGCGCUCCCUGUCCCGAGGAAACCCAACCUCCCGUGGUGCGUCCCUGUGUCGCGCUGUAGCUGCGGUGUUUUAACAAGCAACAGUUGUCGGUCUCUCCCGACGGCUGUUUGGUGGCAGGCCGGGGUGAGGGGAGCAAGGUGCUGUGCCAGGUUGUCUAACCACAACCAACUGGCUACUUAAAGGACAAGGGAGGCUUUGCAGCGCGAGGAGAGCUGUCCGUCUGGAAAGCUCACCAGCAGAUUCCUGCGGGGCAGCCGUGUGGAAGGGCACAUGAUGCCCUUUGGGGGUCUUUCCCAGACAAGUCUUGGCUGUUCCCUGCCAUCCAUUAAAUGCUUGCGUACCCCAAGGAGGAGCAAGGUCCAGGCAGCGUCCCUUCAGAGCCCGUCACCAGCAGACAGGGCUUGGAAGGGCUCUUCAGGUCUUCAUUUGCAGGCGUUUUGCCUUAGUGCACUGACUCUCCUCGCUGGCCAGCAUUACACACAUCUACCUACCAGACCCAGCCCACUGUGAAGGACGGGACCGUACAGAGUCCAGCCCCACCGCUCGCAGAGGCCCUGGCAGCUGUCCGCAGGACAGAGAAAGCACAUCCUUGUUUCUUCCUCCGACCAAAAAUCACAUGCUGUCAGGACUAAAAGUAACACGUUCCCAUCUGUUUAUGCCAGGCAUCACUGUGACAUCUGUCUCUAUGUGACUGCACAGGCCUAAUGGAGAACUGGCCUUAAAAUAGAAACGAUCCAUAAAGCACUUCCAUUUUCUGCAUCCCUCCGGUUCUCCUGGGAGCAAGAGGAACAAAGUUCCUGCAAAGUGCUCCGGCUGCAGAUGCUUCUGGAGCGUGCUCCCGUGGAGGGCAGAGUCACUGAAGUGACUUUAACGUUUUUAUUUCGUGGGUAUCAGAUGUACCGCUAUGAAAUACGAGUCUAAUGGCAAAAUUCGACUUCGUGGGGAGAACAAGUAACAAGGGGAAAAGUCACUUGGUAACACUGACACUGUGAAAUACUGUUGUGCGUGUGCAUGUGUGCAUGUGUGAAUACUUUAAAAAAAAAACACACAAUGAGAUUUUCAGGCAGCUUGUUGCAAUUUUUGCAUUUCCCCUCCACCUUCCAGGCUACCUCCCAGACCUGCUCUUCUCCUCCGCUGCUUUCACUGCCACCCACGGCUGAGGGUCCCCCACGCCUGGUGAUGGCAACCAGCAGGAGAGCUGAGCGGGAUGCUGGACUGAAAACGCUAUUUAUCAGUUGGCCAGUGAUGAGUUCAGAUUGUGCAGAGCAUCCCGGGGCAGAAUGGAGAAAGCAAAGCAUAUAUGAAUAGCAUAAAAGGGAAAGAGUCUCCAUGGUACCAUAUUUAGUGGGUUAUUUUCAACUGUCGCCUCCAGCCCUUUAGGUGGACUUAGCAGCAAAGAAUUAAUAGAGGCAAAAGGAAAAGCAAAUUUAUAAAAUAUGACAUUGCCAUGAAGAACUUGCCUGCACCAGCUGUGGGGACACAAACACAGGGCACUGUAACAGCAUCCCCCCUUCUCAUUAUUAUCUUCUUUUUCCCCCCUUAAAAGUCUCAGAAAUAUCCUGUAUAAACUUAAGGGUGAUGUGUGGUUUGCAGCAGCCGAGGAUCUGCUUGCUGUAGGUUUCUCCUCGCUGUGUUAUCCUCAGGACCGAGCAGUAGCUUCCAGUGCUGGUAAUCCACACGUGGGGCUUCCACGCGAGCUGGGUAAAUGUUGCGGUCACAGGACGUACGGGUUGUGCAGUAGUAUUUCACUGUUAUAAAGCAAAUGCAGAGGGGUUUGCCCUACUGCUCCACUGCAGACAUUAUAUAGCAGAGGUGUCUUUUUAGCAUCAUUGGACUAGUUUUGGCAAGAAGGGAAUCAUGUGCAGGGUCACAAAUAGCAUCAUAUCCCGUGCAAGGCUAAGGGGAAAGCAUUGCUCGUGGUCUUUCCUGCAGCCCUGGCUUGGAAUAUCCUCCAUAAAGAGAACAUUGGCCAGCUACGAUAGCAGGAUCCUGCUCUUCUCAUUGCCUGUUUAAGCACUGUCUGGUGCAGAGUUGCCUCCUGGUCCAGCAUUUCGUGAGCUAAGGAGGGAGGAUGUUUUAUCAGUUUGGUGCUGGCUAUUCUAGCAAUGCUUUCCCACAGCCUUGAACUGGUUUCGAUUGGUGUUAAAAUAAAGGUUCUUUUUCUAGUAAUCCUCACACACACAGAUUAGCAGUGGCCUGUAGAGAAAACCUCUCUGUGAGGUUGAGAAGCUGAGAAAACUCCUCGUUAUGUUUUCCAGGCUGAUUUAUGCGAAACCUGGAGUCAGGGCUUGAACUCUGCUGCAUCAUUAGUAGUUGUAUCCUCUAACACUGCUACUGCUGACUUGGCCUUGGACACAUGAAUCCAAAGUGUCUGAAACUACCACUAUUGUCUGCUUUGUUUUAAUGGAGUCUAAUUUUUUAAUGUAUUUCAUCUUCCUUUUUGUAUGUAUAAUUUGAGGCUAAUUUAAUGUGGUUCUCUUCCAUCUUCAUCAUUUUUUCCAUGCUUACAUGUCCUUCACAUACAGGAUUCAGCAUUUGCCCCUUCUAAGUUUUAGGAGCAACUAAUGUAGUGCCAACUUCAUUUUUUACCUUCUGCUGGCAGUUAUCCAAUGCCAUUAAAGACAUCUUAAAAUUUAUCUGCUUUGCUGUGCUCCUCUCCUUCCAUAAUCUCUCAGCGAGGCUGGUGUUUGACAUGCUUUCAGCUAGGAUCAAUAGUCCAUUACAUAAAUCAAUGGAACUAAAUUACAUGUCCUCAGCGUCGCGGUCAUCUUCCUUUGUAUGAUGUGAGCUGUCCCUGCUUGCAGGCCACGCACCCAAGUUCUGCCUGGGAGCUCUGUUCGUGACUUGAGCGCUGCUCCAAUAUGUCCAAUCUGUUCACGAUGUUGGUUCCCACCACGCUCACAGUUCGGUGCCUCCCUGCCACUGGCUGUCUCGGGAGUGAUUCCCACAAAAGCGUUUCUGUAUUGCUGCUUUCAUCUUGUCGUUACCGAGAGCUGCUGGAGUCCUCCUCGCCAAGCAGAAUAUGUGUAUUUGAUUUCUCUUCAGACACAUUUUGCCUCGUCUUCUGGCUUGUCCAGGAUGGCUUUGCUGCUUGCGGCUGUCGAGCUCUUUCCAAAGACAGGUCGCCCCUUCGGUCUGUGUUUGCUUCCGUGGUGCUCCUCGCAAACUCCCGGCACUGCGCGGCAGCUUUCCCAGGGUUUGCCCUAUUGCUCUUCCUCUGCGUUUCUCCUGUCCGCUCCACUCGUAAAUGCUCACUGCACAAAUAUGGAACUGGGAGUGAGAAGUCCUCUCUCCCAACAAACCUGUCUUUGACUUGAUUCUUACCUGUCUUAUAAAUGAUUCAGAAGUUUCUCUCUCUUCUUUCAAAUCCUGCAAGAAAAUCGCAUCUCUGCAGCCCUGCUCUUGGUGGGAGUGCAGCAGUAGUCCCAUUUCUGCAGCACGGCCUGUCCGGCAGCUCGCUCUUCCUCCAGCCGCGGGCUGCUAAGCAUUCAUAGUGCCCCGAUUGCAAGUCCUGCAAACAAGCCGCGGGACCAGACCUUGCGUGCCUCAUCUUUUUCAGGAGCUCCGUUUUGCCUUCAUGAAAAAAAAUAAAAGAACAAACUUUGGCUUAAUGCUUUUCCCGUUCCUUCAUUGCAAGAAAUUUUCAGUUGUCCCAACUGUUGCUUCUACUUCUACCUCUAGAAUCAGUUUUCGGUUCCUGCACAGAUAUUUUACUGUGUCUUUUUGGUUCCCAUUGAGCUAGGAGGGGAGAAUGAAAUUUUGAUGAGCCUUUAGUAGCAAAACAGCCAUGUUAACAAAAACUGUUAACCAAAACUGAUGGAAAGAAUUCCAGGGGGAACAAGGAGGGGGGAUCAUAUUAUCCUAGCCUGAGGUUUAAGCUGACAGUCAAAUUGCCUUUCUUCCCCCAAAUUUCCUUUCUUCUGCACUGGCUGCCAUUAACUCCAGUUUGCGGUGAGCCAGCUGGUUCACGAGUCUGGGAAAUGGGAGAUGACAAAAGCCCCAGGUCCCAUCUGAACAGGCAUCGUGGGCACCAGCUUGAGACACACGGUGUGGCAAAUCCCCACCUUUGCCUUCGCUAACUGAGAAUAAACACACAGGAUCCGACCGCUGAGAAAUAUUAGCACUCAGUAGCCUUUGCGCAAUAACAUUAUUAUGGGCCUAUAAAUCUGUGAUGUGCUGACUUCUUAAAUAGCGGGGGUAGUUCUGUUCUCUGCAUCUCAAAAAGGAUAUGUUGGAACUUAAAAAAAAAUUGCAGAAAAGGGCUACAAGAAGAGUCAGAAGGCUCCGGGAGGUAUGAGAAGAGAUUGAAUAGAUUUUGGUUCCUGGUCUGGCAGAGGCAACCAAUGGUGAUAUGAAAUCUCAUGCCAUUAAAUCAUGAAAAGUGUGAGAAAGGUGAAUAAGAAGCAGUCACUAUUUCUCACAAUUAAGAAAUUAAGGCAGGUGAAGUGAAAUGCUCUUUUGCACAAAGCAUGAUGACUAAAUGGUGGAACUCAUCACUGCGGGAUGUUGAAGAGAGCAAGUCUUAGGUGGAUUCAAAAGAUGACUGGGCAAAUUUGUGGCAGAAAAAUCCCUAGAAGUCUCCUCAGUGUGAAGAUACCUCUUCCAGCUUGUCUGAGUCACAGAUGCCUGGAAGCAUGGAGUAUAUAACAGGACAUUUAUCGCUCCAUGUUUGCACCUCUGCUUGGGGUCUUUUCUGCAGACAUCUGUGAAAAGCUAGACUUCAGCCUGAACCAGUGUGACCCUUCUCAAAUUCCUUCUAGCGGUUCUUCUAUACCAUCAUAUUCCUGGGAGCCAUACAUUUUAAGUGUCUUAAAAGCCCAAAUACCUUGUCAAGCACCAUUGAUUUUCCAUUCUUCACUGUUUCUAGUGAAGGUUUUCCGCGUGGAGCCGAGGGCUUCCGGUGUCAGGAAAAACUACUGGCUUCCUGCUCCCGAUUCCCUGUGUAACACAAGGGAUCCCUGGGACGCAGAGCUGUGACAUGUCGUCAGUGCAUCAAACAGCAGUGACAGCACGAAGGGCUGCUGCCUUGGUAGUCCAUCGUGCCGAAGCUGCUCUGUCCCACGUAAUCAUCCUUUGGGAGAGAGAAUCGCACAAAACCCACGAGUAGGGCUGCCGGGGCUCAGCUGCUGAUCUGAGCAAGCACUUGAGGGGCUGGAGCGAAGAGGGCGUCUAUGAUUUCCUUCCCUGCAUCCCUGAGAUAAGCUGAUUCUGUCGUAGAGCAGAGGAGGGAUGAAGUGACCCUUCACUCUCCCUUCUAGCCAUAUUUUCUGUGGAGUGCAAUGCCCCAAACUCAUUAAACAUCGCAGGCUGGGUGAUGGGGAAUGUGCAAGCUCUCUGCAGAAGUGUCCUUGCCUCAACUCUUCUUUGUGAUCCAGAGAACCUGAUGGGCAGAGGGGGCUGCCGGGGUAAGGGGACGCUGAGGUGCCCUUCCUUCUCCUGUUACAGCUUGGUUUCUAACGGUGAAACCCUUGUCCGUGCUUUGGAGACUGGCUCAGCCUACAUGAGCAGUUUCUGCUGGUCCUUGGUAUCUCACCGUGGGUCCGCAUGGACCCGUGAGAGCUGCCUCAGGAAUCAAAGUACAAGAAAGGAGCCCGGGACAAGCUCCUAAAUGGACCAAGAAGUCAAUCAGUGCAACAGAGUGAUUCCAGGGCUGGGCUGGGUGUAUGCAGUGAAAUCACAGCAGGACCCUGGAGCAGGCAUGAGGCGUUGGGAGCUCCAGGCAGGACAGAGACAGGUUACUGGUGCAAGGUGCCGCUGCAAGCACUGGCCCAGCUCUGGAGCUGAAUUUGUUCCCUAUGUCCUGAGGACAACCUCGAUCCAAAGGAAGCUUUUCACUUGAGCUCCUUCGAGGGCAAAAAUGAAAAGCUAUUAGAAACAGGCGAUGAUUCAUUUCCCUUUGCAGAGUAGCCUAGGAAUAUGGCAGAAGCACAUGCCUUGAGCAAAAAGGUUCCCUGGUUAUGUAGGUCUGGUCCUGGCCCCCCGCAGACCCUUCUGGGCUGUGAGAGACCAGCGAAGGGAAGCAGUGCUUGGCGUACUUGUACUUCUUUUUGAUCUGUCUUGCUUGGUCUCCUCUGGCUCUGAUGUCUGUUAGGGACUCAAAGGGAGAGGAUCAGUGUAGCUAGUGAUUUUAUAAGCUUUCUGAUACUGUGGAUUUUUUUCUUUUUUUCUCUCUGAAAAACCCCAGCAGUGGGAUCAUAUGAGAAAUGCAGCCUUUGCUGUAAGCAGGAUAGCAUAACCUUGAUUUGAGGAGGAAAAGUUUCAGGGCUACAGGUUUCACGCUGGCAAGCCUUGCUUCUGCUGACCACUGUCUCAGUUCCCAGCACAGCUGAACACCUCACAGCCUGUCCAGCGCGUGUCCUAGAGGCAAGCCAGGGCUGUCCCCAGGACUGAGGUACAAGGAAAUAGAAGACUGACAGCCACAAAGAAGUCAGAGUACAAGUCCUGUCUGAACAUCUGAAUUCAAAUUGCAGGGAUCCCCUAAAUACCUUUGUGUUUCUGGAGUAAGGACUUGCUCAGGGGCAUCCUGAGUUGGGCUGCAGCAAGCUUCCUCAGGCCAGGAGAAGCAUGGAGCAGCUUGUCUUCACCCUCCACAUUUUUCUCUAAAGCUGGUUAACCGAGGAAACGAGUGCUCUGGCUCACCCUCCCCAGGAACAGCCAUGUGCAGAGUAGACAGAUGAGUCUCAUCACCCCUGUCCCAUCAAACAGUGAGAAGAUCCAGGUAGUGAAAAACCUGGCUUGAGCAGGAGUGGAAGGAAAGACUCCCUGGGGAAUGAGGGAUUUGGAGAGUCUAAACAUGAGCUUGGGCUCUCAGACAAUUGCAGUUUGUGAGUGCCUGUGGAUGCCCUAACUCGUAGCUCCAACCACAGACCCCUGGGUCCCCGGAUGCAGUGACGCUGUUUGGGGGAGGCUCUGCUGGGUGGCCUCUCCAUUUAAAUUUUUCAGCCCACAACCCUUACACUCCUUCCCUUUUUUCACUGGUUGCCCCUCAUCACCUGCUAUCUCUUCUCCACAUCAUCUCCUUGUCCUCCGGCCCUUCCCCAUCCCAGGAGGGCUGGAUGGUUUGGUUAGGUCUGGGCUAUCUCCAAAGAUUGGAGCUGGCUCAGCACCUCUCCACAGUGACCCUUUUUUCAGCUACAUUUCUUCCCACAAAAAAAUCCUCCCUCUGCCUCUCUGUCUUUCUCUCUUUGUUCGCCGGAAACAUUGGCCACCUCAUUCCCCAGAUAUUCCUAGAGAAGGAAGUGGAAGGUGAUACGAAACUGGGGCAUGUGUGUCAGGAUCCUCGGUCAAUGUUCCCAUGGAAUAGUUCAGGGAAAGGGGUCCAGUCUUGCUGCUUACCCACCGGUAAAUGAGCACCCCAUCAGCCUGAGCUUGAGACUUCUCCAUCACUCUUUCAAGGAAUGGCCAUGUCCAUGAACUUGUCAUCCUGCGAGACAACUCAUAAUAUGUCUGAUAGCAGAGCACUGGCUGUAAGUACAUGGUGCCUCAUCCCAGGGUGAAGGAAACCUUCCGACUGGCAUUGAGCUCUGCACACCUUAGCUGCAGGACUGCUUUUCUCCCGGUUCCUUGUCAAGUGUCAACUCAGCAAAGAAACUUCUGUCAAUCGUGUAUUCCAGAUUUGUUGUGUUCAGUGUCCUGCAGACAGUGAAAGGGGGUUUAAAGGAACCCAGAGAGGUUAGCUGCUAAAAUCUGAGGACAUAAUUUGUAUUUCUGGAUCUGCUUUUGAUGUGCUAUGUGGGCCCUAUGCCAGUCCCUGCCAUGCCACAUGCCUUGGAUGGGCUGUGAAGUCAGGCCACCCAGGACAUGCUUUGAGGCCCCAUUUUAAGGUUGGGGUGGGAGGGCUGGGAAAGGGAGAACGUAUUGUCAAGGUCUUCGAGUGGUUAAAGCCAAAGCCAAGCAGUGACAGUUCCUGCCGGAGAAGUGAGCCUGGGGGGUCAAAGCUGUCAUCCCCACUCACCUAGCCAAACUGCUCUGAGACCUGGUGGGGAGCAGGACACGGGUGAACUGUAACUAGGAGCUCAAAGGCCUCCAUUCAAGGUGUGAUGGUCAAACUGCUCUCUGCAACCCCAGAUGUCAGGUAUCAAUGGGCUUUCAAAGAACUGACAGCCAAAGUAGCUAUCCAUGGGUCCAUUUUAGAAGAGUCCUUGCAGGGAAGAUCUGCCCCAGCUCAGCAACCAGAGCCCAGGUCAGCAGUGCAAGGGGGAAAGCAAGAACGUCCUGGGUAGAAGCUUUUUUCCACGGUCUGAAAGGUGAAACAGGGAGGUUGCAGUAAUGUAGCGGGGAAGGUUGAGCACAAUGGCAUCAUCUCCAGCUGCUUGUCAGGGCCUUGGAUUAAUGUCAGUCACAUAUACGACUCCCCCAACGUGACAAGGUGUGAAGCCCUCAGCCUAGGUUGAAAGCAUUGUGGAGGAGCCACCUGUGUUGCAGGGAAGGCUGGUAGGGAGAGGAGAUUUUGCUGGGCUCUGAACAUCUCCUCGGGGUUUGGGAGGGAACUGGCAGUAAAGGAUGGGGACCCUCAUGUGUACCCGUCAGCUGCCCAAAGACAAGCGUCUAGUCAAUGCUACAUCUUAUCAUCCUCACACUAGUCCAAGGAUCCAUCAGCUGGGCUCCAGGGGCAUCCCCCACCCUGGUUUCCUGCUCUUCGUCAUCCUGUGUGUUGGCCGUGGCCCUGUGGACAACGUAACACUUUUCAUGACAGUAUUUGUAUUUUUUUAAUUGUGAAUGGGGAGAUAGUGUGCAGGUCCUUGUUACACAGGGAUGUGUCUUCCAUUCAGACCAGGGCUUCCCCUGGCUUCGUCAGACGUCUUUCGAUGUUACUGAGAAAAAUAAAGAAAGAAAUAAAUCAGAUGUAUUUAUAAAGGAAACAGAAACCCGCUGCUCCAAUGCCUUUGUAGGAGUAUUUUUAACAAAACAUUUUUUCAAAAUAAAUGUGAAUUGUAAAGUUUGAA